GCAUAACAAACAGAUGGGCGUGGCCCGUUUAUAAGUCAAGAAAUUUGAAGAUCAAGUGAUAAUUAUAUAUUUUUGAGUGUACAGCAAGUAAGACUAGGGAAUGGCAGAGCGUCAGAACAGAGCUGGAAUGGGGCAAGUGUUUAGAAGAGCUUGGAGAGCUCGUUGGCAGCGAGUGCGUGCAGGAACGCCUCCUCCCAUUCUCCAGAAAGACUCUAAUUACACAAGGAAACUGUUUUGGAGUCAGUAUCCAGACAGUGGAUUUCCUCCUCGAGUGAACCAUGCUGUAGCUGCUCACAUGAACGAAUAUAGAGAGUGGUAUGUGUUCUCGUUUGGUGGUUACCAUGCCGAUGAUGACCAGCGUACAGUACGACAGGCAGACUCCCUGGGAGGUCCAGUAUUUAGUAGUCAACCCAUCGACGUGCAAUGCUGUGACUGUGAUUCUCGCACUUGGAGCCACCUUGCCCCACCCUCUGAGGCCAAGUACUUCGACCUUGGACCAUAUACUCGCUGCAAAGUGCCGAGUCGGCGAUACGGUCACACAAUGUGUGAGUACCAGGGACGUGUGUACAUGUACGGAGGGAGGAACGAUGAGGACGGGUCAUUUGCUGUAGUGGAGUGCUAUGACAUCAAACACAAUGUGUGGUUGUCUAUUCGUCAAGAUGGAGAGAAACCGUUGUCUAGGGAUGGGCAUGCCUGCACUGCCGUGGGCCCAGAGAUGCUCAUACAUGGAGGAUUCUCGGCCAAUGAGCUCCAAUUCAGCCCGGACACGUACGCAUUCAACAUGUCCUCCCACACGUGGCGUAAGCUGAAGUGCACGGGAGUGGCUGUGCCCGAGAGAGACUUUCACACCGCCACGGCUACCAAGGACGGGAAGAAGAUGGUUGUCUACGGGGGAAGAAGUGACAAGUUUCAUCCGUACUUCACUGCAAAUGAUGAGUAUGACAGCAAAUUCUACUGUCUUGACCUUGCCACACUCAUUUGGUCGGAGAAGGAGGUGACUGGCUAUUGCCCUGAGGGCAGACGCAGUCACUGUGCCAUCACCUACGGAUCGUCUGUCCUCUAUUAUGGAGGCUACAAUGCUGUCUACAAGCAGCACUUUGGGGACUUGUUUCUUCUUGAUACUGAUACGUGGCAUAUACAAGAGCUCCGUCCAUUUGGUGAUGGUCCUGCCCCUCGAAGACGAGUGGGAUGUGCAUUGAUUGGAACAGAGGUGCUCGUGUGCGGAGGAACGAGCCCUGUUAAAAUACUCAAGGAUGGUAAAGAGAUGGAGAUUCUUCAUGACAACAACGAAAUGUACAUUCUGCAGCUUUUACCAUCCCUCGAGCAGUUGUGCCUGGAGGCAAUUAUUAAAAAGGACGUGUCGUUUGUCCAUCUACCAUUACACAUGCAGAAGAUAAUAGGAAAGAUAGCCAACAAGCACAUUGUGACAAUCUCCUCACAGUCUGCUGAGAAGCUUCAAGCAUAGACGACUCUGGUAUAUACCAUACCCUUUACUUUUUAAAUGUACAAACAGUCAUUUCAACCAUACUUUUCCUUUUUGUGAUGAUUUAUUAAAAAGUACUGCAGUAAAUGA